GAUGUAACACUAAGAGCGUGGGAUAAACGGUGCAGAUUGGGCAGCAUUUGAGGCGUCUUUGCUCCCCACCCCGAUCAGUGCUCAAAGAACGAAGGAAGUCGGCGUGGUGCUCUUUGCUCUCAUCUCGCGUUUUUCUCAUCGGCCACGAGCGGAGUGAUGCUGGACAUCAACAUCUUCAGGGCCGAGAAGGGCUUCGAUCCCGAGCGCAUCCGCGAGUCUCAGCGGCGCCGCUUCUCCCCCGUCGAGGUCGUCGACGAGAUCAUCAGCCUCGACAAGGAAUGGCGCCAGCGUCAAUUCGAGUUGGAGAAUCUCAGAAAGGACUUCAAUCGAAUCAACAAGGAGGUUGCACGCCUCAAGAUUGCGAAGGAGGAUGCCACGGAGAUGAUAAAUAGUACUAAUGAGAACAAGAAGUUGACUGCGAAGAAGGAGAUUGAGGUUCAAGAGGCAAAGGCUGUGCUGGAUUCUAAGCUUGAGACGAUUGGUAAUCUUGUGCAUGACUCUGUGCCUGUUAGCAAUGAUGAGGCAAACAAUGAAAUAGUUCGAGUAUGGGGUGAUAGACGUAUGGAAGACAAGUUGAAGAAUCAUGUUGAUCUUGUUAAACUACUUGACAUUGCUGAUCUUGAGAAAGGUGCUGAUGUGGCAGGAGGAAGAGGUUUCUAUUUGAAGGGUGAAGGUGUUCUACUGAACAUGGCACUAAUAAACUUUGGGUUAGCAUUUUUGAGAGAAAGAAAGUAUGUUCCGAUGCAAACUCCAUUUUUCAUGAGAAAAGAUAUUAUGGGAAAAUGUGCACAGCUAGCUCAAUUUGAUGAAGAGCUGUACAAGGUUACCGGUGAAGGGGAUGAUAAGUACCUGAUUGCUACUGCUGAACAGCCAUUAUGUGCUUACCAUUUGAAUGAUAGAAUCUAUCCACAGGAUUUGCCAAUUCGAUAUGCGGGAUACUCAACUUGCUUCCGAAAAGAGGCUGGCUCGCAUGGUCGGGACACUUUGGGCAUUUUCAGGGUCCAUCAAUUUGAGAAAGUGGAGCAAUUCUGUAUAACCAGCCCAAAUGACAAUGAUUCAUGGGAAAUGCAUGAGGAAAUGUUGAAGAACUCAGAGGACUUCUACAAAGAUCUAAAUCUCCCCUAUCAAGUUGUUGCAAUCGUCUCUGGCGCUUUAAAUGAUGCAGCCGCCAAGAAAUAUGAUUUGGAAGCUUGGUUUCCUGCAUCAAAGACUUACAGGGAGCUUGUCUCUUGUUCUAAUUGCACUGACUACCAGUCGAGGAGACUAGGGAUAGGAUUUGGGCAGAAAAAGAAUGAUGAACAAGCGAAACAGUAUGUUCUAUAUGCUGAAUUCUACCUUAACUGCAAACUGAAAGGACUCAUUUGCUGCAUCCUUGAGAACUAUCAGAGGGAAGAUGCGGUUGAAAUUCCUCAAGUCUUGAGGCCAUCAUGGGGUGGCCAGGAGUUCAUUAGUUUUAAGGUGGGUCCAGAUACCAAAGCUAAGAAACCUAAGGUAAUUUCUUUUUUCACUUAG